ACGCUUCUUUCAACAGCAGCAACAGUUAGUCAGACACCUCGGUAGCUUGAUAGACAAAAUAGACGAACCAAUAAAGCUCUUUAGACGCUUUAGUGUUUAUUAGCCACUGGGUUUUAAACACACUUCUGUCGUCUAGUUAGUUAUCCGCUUUAAUGUCAUAUUUGCGGUGUUGUUGUUAUUAUUCAACUAGCGGGCUGGUUCAGUUAACAUUAGCCUAGCUAGCUAACAUCUCCGACCAUGAGUUCACUAAGCUACUCUCCUCCUGCUAAAGAAGAGGAGGUCUGCUGGACGGAGGAAGAGGGUCUCGUCAAAGAGGAGGAGGAAGAAGAAGCUGUUACAGUAAAACGAGAAGUAGAGAGUGAAGCUGUUAUAGUGAAAGAAGAGAAAGACGUUUCAGUGAAAGAAGAAGAAGACGCGUUCAGAGUGAAAGAGGAGGAGGAUGCCAUUUUUGGAGUAAAAGAGGAGGGGGAGAUGACUGUUACAUCGAAAAGGGAGGAGGAGGAAACUGGAUAUCUGGGCCCCGUUUCCCAAAGCUCCCUUAAGGCAUCUAGGCAUGGUUCUAAAGAUGAAGUUAGCCGUGAAAUGCAUUUGGGAAACCGGGGCCUGAUAAACACUAGAGAAGGAUGUGACUAUCGUGGAUCCUCUGGGGAGCCUCAACAACAGCAUGAUGCUGAAGAGACAGAGAAGAGUCUCUCCACAUCAGAACACCUCAAUAAACACCCGCAGAGACCCACAGGGAAGAAACCUCACCGCUGCUCUGACUGUGGGAAGAGAUUCCCCUCUUCAGCUGGCCUUAAAAGACAUCUGAGAAUCCACACGGGAGAGAAACCUAAUAGCUGUGAUCAAUGUGGGAAGAGUUUUAGUGUUACAAGCAGCCUGAAAGCACACCAGAGAACACACACAGGAGAGAAACCUUACAGCUGUUAUCAGUGUGGGAAAAGUUUUACUUCAUCUAGCCACCUGACCAUACACCAGAGAACACACACAGGAGAGAAGCCUUAUAGCUGUGAUCAAUGUGGGAAGAGUUUUACUACAUCUAGCUGUCUGACUAUACACCAGAGAACACACACAGGAGAGAAACCGUAUCACUGCUCUCACUGUGGAAAGAGUUUUGUUAUCUCAGGAAAUUUAACAUCACACCAGAGAACACACACAGGAGAGAAGCCUUAUAGCUGUAAUCAAUGUGGGAAGAAUUUUUCUCACUCAGGCAACCUGAUAGCACACCUGAGAAUACACACUGGAGAUAAACCUCAUUGCUGCUCUGACUGUGGGCAGAGAUUCAUCUUUUUAGCAGAUCUUAAAAUACAUCAGAGAAUCCAUACAGGAGAAAAACCUUACCACUGCUCUGACUGUGGAAAGAGUUUUGUUUCAUCAAAACAUUUAAAAUCACACCAGAAAACACACACAGGAGAGAAGCCUUAUAGCUGUGAUCAAUGUGGGAAGAGUUUUAGUGUUACAAGCAGCCUGAAAACACAUCAGAGGGGACACACAGGAGAGAAACCUUAUAGCUGUGAUCAAUGUGGGAAGAGAUUUGUUACAUCUAGCAGUCUGACUAUGCACCAGAGAAUACACACUGGAGAGAAACCUCAUAGCUGUAGUCAAUGUGACAUGAGAUACUCUGAUAAAAGAUCUCUGAUUAAACACCAGAAAAUACAUGAAGGAGUUGUUUCAUGAUAUCAAUGAAAUGAUGUCACAAUGUAGAAUGUUUUAACAUUGUAGUAGGAGUGUUCUAAUGAUGUCACAAUGUAGAAUGUUUUAACAUUGUAGUAGGAGUGUUCUAAUGAUGUCACAAUGUAGAAUGUUUUAACAUUGUAGUAGGAGUGUUCUAAUGAUGUCACAAUGUAGAAUGUUUUAACAUUGUAGUAGGGGUAUUUUAACGAUGUUCUGUUGAUUUAAGUGUCAUGUGGAUAUGAGCCUCAUCAGGGGAAAAAAAUCCAGGCUCUGUAUUGAAAGAGUAUUAUUUAACCAAAGAAGUGUUGCGUUACACUUACCUCGUUGGCAACCCACUUGAAUUAAAAUGCAUCACUUCAAAAUGUAGCUAGCUGUUGUCUACAAAUUGUCCUCUAACCAGUGAUGUACACAUUAUUCCCAGAUUCCGUGUGGUGUUUGAGCUGUUAGUUUAAUUUUGGAGACAUAUAAUUGAAACCCUCCAAAAUGUAGCUGACUGUCUUCUGCAGGUUGUCCUCUAACCAGUGAGGCAAAAGAUAUCUCCCAUUUUCAGGUGUUUUGUUUAGUUGUGUCAGUUUCAACAGCACGUACAACCUGAUUUCCCCCCUAAUCGAUAUCAGUGAUUUAUUACUACUUGUCAAAACAACAGUGUUUCUGGUGCUUGUGCAGUGAUUGUGAUUGUUUUAAAAAAUACAAGUAAUAUGUGUGGCAGAUGUCUGUGUACAUUUUAUGUUUAGGUUUUCAAUAUAUCUCAAACUGUUUCUGCAUAUUUGGUGAUUGAUAUGGACACAUUAAAACUGUUUUGACAUUG